AUGGUACUACCAUAUGGGGACAGAGAUUAUCAAUGCCCGACAUGCGAAAAGAAAUAUUUCCAUAAAUGUCGUUUGCAAAGACAUAUGCGUAGUCACACGGGCGAAAGGCCGUUUAAGUGCAAUUUGUGCGAAAAAAGCUUUAUGGAUAAAGGCAAUUUGACAAAACAUAUGCUUGUACAUUCGGAUGAAAAACCAUUUAAGUGCAAUUACGAAGACUGUAAACACAGCUUUAAACGAAAAUACGAUUUGGAACGACACAUAUACGGAUGGCAUCUUGACGAGAUUUUAUCUAAAAUUUCACCGAACGAUCCGAGGAUAAUAAGCCGUAAAUGUAACUUCUGCUCGAAAGUUUGUCCGUCUCCCAGUGAGUUAAAAAUUCACUUGAGAACUCACACUGGAGAGCAUCCAUUUCCGUGUAAUUUUUGCAACGGCACUUUUACUACCAAAAGUAAUUUAAACAAUCACAUCAAAAGGAUCCAUUCUAAAGAGGAAACUCCAUCUUUCUCCGAAAAAAGAACGCAAGACGUUCAAAGAGAGCAGAAAGAAUCAUUUGAACAACCAUCAACAAGUUUUCAAAGACCACAGUCAAUUGAAUCUGAAGAUAUUUCAUCAGAGGAAAACCUUUUUACUUUACAAGAAUGUGAAGAAUUUCUUGAAAAUGUUAACGUGAAUUUAGAAAUUAUCAAAUUGAAAGGCUCCUCACAAGUGACAUUCUUCCCAGAAAUGGACGUUGAAGAAAUUAAAUUGCAAUGUCCGUUCUGUCGUGAACAAUUUUUAGACGACGAUUCGCUUAAAGCACACGAAAGAAACUUUCAUCCUUAUUUCGGUGCAUUGUUGUUUUCUGUUUUGCCAAAAUUUCAACUUGAAAUUAAAAGAAGUAAAAUUAUAAUGGACAGAAAACAUCAAUGCCCUGAAUGCGACAAGAAAUACCUUCGUAAACAAGAUUUGAAAAUUCACAUGCGUAGUCACACGGGCGAAAGGCCAUUUAAAUGUGAUUUGUGCGAAAAAACCUUUUCGGAUAAGAGGAAUUUGGCAAAGCAUAUGCUUGUACAUUCGGAUGAAAGACCGUUCAAGUGCAAUUACGAAGGCUGUGAAUUAAGCUUUAAACGGAAAGGUCAUUUGAAACAACACGAGAUUUUCUGUCAUUCGAAAAAAGUUUUAUGUAACAUUCCGCCGAAUGAUCCGAAGAUAACAAGCCGUUAUUGUGACAUUUGCAAAAAACUUUUCCCAUAUCCCUCUACUUUAAAAAGACACAUGAGAGUACACACCGGAGAGCUACCAUAUUCAUGUAAUAUAUGCAACGAGAAAUUUAAAUAUAAAAUUCAAUUAAACAGACACAAUCAAAAGUUUCAUCCGAAAGAAAAAACUUCAACUUGUUUCGAGAAAUUUGAAGAAAAAGCAUCUAAACAACAAAAUCCUUUCGAGACAUCUAUUGAAACACCGUCUGCACCAGUAUAUACAAAUAAUGACAACAACGACAGUGAACAAUGUCAAGCACGCGACAAAAACGAUAAUCCUAAAUCGUCUGUAAUAGUAUUUCAAUGUCAUUUAUGUUCCUUCAGCUCUCGCUCGAAAGAGAAAUGGUUGCAACAUAAGCACUGUCACAUGGAAAAAAGUCCUUCCACCUCAACGCAAUCUCAAGAAAGACAGAACGAAGAAGUGCAAGCCGCCAACACACUGCUAUUAUUAAGAGAAGGAGGAUUGAGGAGAACAAAUUUGGAAAUGUUUGAGUCUGACAAACUGUCCUUUCAUUCAGAUAAACCUUCCACCAAAUAAUAAUUGAUAAAUAAAUGAAGAAAAGACGUACUAAUAAGAAGAUUCACCGAAAAAUUUCAAACUACAUUUUCUUUUGACCAAAUUAUCGAAAUAAUUUAUACUACUUGUGCUUAAUUAAGAUAAAUGUUUAAAUUAUUGAAAACUUUCGGUGAAAUUUUAAUUAAUA